AUGAAACUAUAAGUUUACAAAGAAAUAAUAAAUGUUACGCGUAGUUAUUUUUCGAAGAAUGUAGCUCGGUAUAAUUCCAAGUGCAUCAUGAACUUUCCAUGUUCUUCCAUUGUCAGUACUCUUCAAAACUCAGCCAAAUCUUUAGCUGAUAAGUCACCCUCUCUCUCCAUUGCACGCGUUAUAGGUACGAUUUGGCGGCACUUUAAAACCGGCUUAACAACCUGCGAGAGAGAAAGAGGCGUGCUUUGGUCGGUGCUGCUACCGCAGCCUCGGUGUCAAACUGCGCGCUGGUGCCGCUGGUCGUCGGCCUCGCACGCGCGCCUUCGCAGCUGUCUCACUCUAGGCCCAUAUCGCGCUCUCGCUCGCGCUGAGCGUCGACUCGCUCGCAGCUCUCGACUUGCCAUACUGCAUGCGGCCGUAAGAGCAACUGCCGUCGUCCUUUGAGUUAGUCGAAAAUCAGUGCAGCACACCGAGGAUGGGUCAAGGCACAGAGUCCUCGGAGCCCACUUGUGCUGCCGAUAGGCCAACCGAGGUCAGUGUCAUUAGAUUUGUCUCGAGAAAUCGCACCAUCGAAGAGAUCGCUCCGAAAAAGGAAGUGUACAUGUGCAAGCAGAGAGGUUGUAAUAAGAUAUUUAAUAAUUUAGAGGAAUACAAAAGUCAUGAAGUUUCAGAAAUUCUUAAAAUUCGAUUCAUAUGCAGAGAGCCAGGAUGCGGAGAAGAGCUGUCGGAUCCUGGGAGCAUGUGGAGGCAUUAUCAAGAGUGGCAUAAUAACGAAACAAAUGUAUUUGUGUGUCCAUACACAAGUUGUAGUUCGGUACAUGCCACGAGUGAAAGUUUAGAAGAGCACAUAGAAUCUUCUCACAGGCAGCUACCAACAAUUCCUACUGAACCAGAAAUCAUUUGUUUCGAAGGAGCAGAUAACGUGAUGGAAGAUAAUGUUGGUAGGGUUAGUGAAAGUGAAAAUAGUUUUGAAAGUGAGCGAAGUGUUAUAACUGACAUUGUUGAUAAUGGUGUAGUGAGGCAAACUGAAUAUUCUAUGAGAAGUGAUUCCCUUGCUACAAAGCAAGUUGACUAUAGUGUAAAAGAAGAAAAUGUUAUCAUGAGUUCCCAAUCUCAUCAGAGCGAAGACUAUUCCAGAGAUCAAUCAAAACUCAGAGCAGCACUGAUUCAAGAGGAUUACUCGAAAAACAGUGAAACAACUGCUACUAAAAUUCCUAAAAAUAAAGACUUGCUUAUAACCAAUGAAAAUUUUCUUGUCAAGUAUGAAUCUAAACCACUUGUGUGCAGCAGUGAUAAUGUACUCAUGGACAGUUCAGUUGAUGGAAAUAAUAUAGUUUACAUUAAUAAUGAUGUAUCAUUAACAAGAACCUCUGCUAAUCAAGAGCAUAAGAUAGAGCUGGGCAAUUUGGAAAAAGUUUUCCGAAGUGGGUUUGAAGAAAAUUCUACUAAGUUAGAAAAUACAUCAAAUGGACUUAAAAAUACUUGUUCAAGCAAUGAUGAAGAAUAUACUCCAAAAAAGCAGCGAAUGUCAAGAUCUAAGCAAGAACCAUACAAGUGUGAAAUUAAUGGCUGUGGUAAAACCUAUAAGUAUAUCUCACAUUAUAGACAUCAUCAAGAUAGCCAUAAAUUAAUUGCUAAUGCUAUGAAUGCCAAUUCAUCAAAGUCUGCCAAGCCAAAAUUAGGAAAAGCAACUGCUAUAAGUUUCUUCAUCUGUAAAAUGCCUGGAUGUGGUGUACAGUUGAGUAAUGUCACUGCUCUAUGGAAGCAUUACCAAGAAACUCAUGCUAAUGCAAAACCACCAGCAUCAUUAACAAAAUCUACGGAAAUGUAUAGGUGCAAGUUUGCAGGAUGUGAAAUGGAAUUUUGCUCAUCGUUAAUGUUACAUAAACAUUUUAAUGAAGUACAUUCAAAGAAUUCGAUCAACAAUACUAGCCCAAAUUUGAAGACUGCAAAUGGAAGUGGAGUACUAGUUAAACAAACGUAUCAUGAUGUACCCACUACCCAGAGAGUAAACUUUAAGACUGAUUUAAAAGCGAAGCAUUCGCUUGACGAAUACACUGAAAGUAACAAUAAAAAUAGUCAGUCAUCUAUUGUCAAAAAAGAAACAGGUGAUUGAUUUCAAUUGAAUUUAAACUAAAAAUUUUUAUAUACAGUGCUUUCUUAUUUGGAGAUAAUUGUGAGUGAAAGUGUUCAACUAAAUCAUGGUUCACUAUUUAAAAAAGAAAUACAACGUCAAUUUAUAUCGUGAAAUUUCUCUAAAAAUUAUUGAUUUUUUACUUUGAGAAAUUAUGUAUUAAUUUGAAACAUCAGUGGUACAUAGAAAUUAUUCCCCUUGUGACUUAUUAGUAUUACUGUUAAUGAACGAUUAUAUUGAUGGUGAAUAUGUACUAUAGAGCUUACACAUUUUUAGAGAAAUUUUUACUACUCACUAUUAAAGUGGCGUUAAAUAGUUGAAUACAUUCAGAAACUCUAGAUCUUGGGAAACACUAAAACUUUUAAUAAAUUUUAAAUUAUUCUAUUGAUAUAAAUAUAUAAAAUCUCAGUGUUACUAUAAAGGUAAUUUGAUUUUAAAAAGUACUCGGAAAGUUUAAAGUUGCAGACUUCUAAAGUAGUAAUAUUUAUAAUUUUAUUAAUGAACUUUGUAAAGCUUGAAUUAGUGUUGUGUCUUUAAUGUAAGCUUUUUUAUGAAAGUAAAACGAAGUAAGUUAAGUGAUUGUAAAAGGUGUCUACUAAUUAAGAUUGUGCAUAAUUGAUUUAAAAAACGAUUGAUUUUUAAAAAUUUUCAAAUGUAGGUAUAGUUUAUAAUUAUUUGUAUAAAUUCAUCAACAUCUGUACAUAAAUUUGCGUCACAUCUAUUGAUGUAUGCGUAUCGAAAAAAAAAGUUUUUGAUACAUAAUAUCGUCACAACUUUACGAUCACAAUUGAGAGUUACUUAAACCCACGAUGUUUGACAACAUUGACGGGCGUCCACGAGAAAGCCAAUCAAAAUAAGCAGAUUAUAUAUAAAACAAAGUAUUAUUAAUCAAUUAAGUUAUGUUUGUAAUUUAUUACGUUGAUUACUUUCGAGCAAUAUUAUAACUUUUCGUAUUUGUAAACUCAGCUUCCAUUAGUUGAAAUGGAGUAUUAUUCCGCUUCCUACUGGCCACUCGGCAGUGACUAUUGUAUAGCGUUUUUAUUCGUACUUUUGUCGUACUUUCAUCGACAGAAACUAAUAAAAUGCAAUA